AACAAACUUGUCUUUUCAGACUCUGCAUCAUUCUCGAUUUGUUCAACCUAUUAAUCGUUUCUCUCGUUUAUAGCGACCCUGUUUAGACCUUGUUUACAUUGAACACCUCAAGGGCGCAUCUCCCCCGCAACAGAGUAAACAGACAAGGCUCAAAGAAAAGAAACACACACAUAUGGCUCCCGCACCGUCUAGUGAGCCCUACGGCAUCGGCCAUGGCGUCGCCAACAGCCUGCUACGGCGUGAUCUCUCAAGCCCUACGCACACGCAGCAGGUGACGCUGGGCAUCAUCGCCGUCUACGUGGUCGUCAUUGCGAUUCUAUGGAACGUUCCCUAUGUCCGCAUGGUUCUCUGGCCCUUCAAGAUGCUGGUCAUCGCCUUUCACGAAUUUGGUCAUGCCAUCACGGCUGUGCUUACUGGAGGCAAGGUCAAGUCCAUCAGCCUCGACCCCAACGAAGGAGGUGUCACGCACAUGAUUGGCGGCAAGAGCGCCAUCACUCUACCAGCCGGCUAUCUAGGCUCUUCCAUCAUCGGAGCUCUCCUGAUCUUUUGCGGCUUCAACAUCGUCGCUAGCAAAGUCGCCAGCAUCGUCCUGGGCGUCUGUUUUCUCCUGACCCUGUGGUGGGGUAAGCGAGACUGGCUGACGAUCCUUACCAUUCUGCUCGCCGUCGGCCUCCUCAUCGCUUGUUGGUUCAUUUCACACGCUCAGGCUCUCCGCUUCGUCGUGCUCUUUAUCGGCGUCAUGUCGUCGCUCUACAGCGUGUGGGAUAUCUGCGACGAUCUGAUCCUGCGUAAAGUAAACUCUUCCGACGCCAGCGUUUUCGCCAAGAGGUACGGCGGCUCUUCUCAGUGCUGGGGCGUCAUCUGGUCCAUCAUUUCAGUUUGCUUCAUGGCUGCUGGUAUCGUUGCUGGCCUGGCUGCCUUUUCUCAGUCGUUUGAGCAGCAAGAAAAGGACUCUCAGAAGUUUAUCCCAACCUAGACGAGUGGUUAUCUACGGCAAGGGAUUGGCGUGAUUUCUGUACUUUGGUUGUUUUAUUCACUUAUAUUGGGGGGACAGACUGUUUGAAAAACCGACGGACACAGUUACCUGGAGUUUUUGACUGUUGCUGAAUUUGGUCAUGAUAAUGAGGAUCAAGAUGGUUUGAGAGCUACAGGCUCAUAAUGAAGAGAGAUAGAUGUGUACUACAAGUAGCUAGAGGGAGAAAGCGAGACCGGAUUGAUACCCUCCCAGAAUGGAAUGGAUCUUGUUUCCAUAGGCAAACAUUGUUUCACUUU